AUGCCAGCCCCUCUCGAGACCUGCCUCUCGGACCUCGACUGCGCCGGCAGCAGCGGCGACCCUUCCAGCUUCCUCACCGACGAGGAGGACUGUGCCAGGCUCCAACCGCCUGCUUCUGCCUCGGGGCUGUCCGUGCCGGCCCGCAGGGGCGCGGCCGGGAUUCCCGGGGCGUCGGAUGCCCCCCGGGCGCAGGACGACGAGCAGGAGCGCCGGCGGCGCAGGGGCCGCGCGCGGGUGCGCUCCGAGGCGCUGCUGCACUCGCUGCGCAGGAGCCGGCGCGUCAAGGCCAACGACCGCGAGCGCAACCGCAUGCACAACCUGAACGCGGCUCUGGACGCGCUGCGCAGUGUGCUGCCCUCCUUCCCCGACGACACCAAACUCACCAAGAUCGAGACGCUGCGAUUCGCCUACAACUACAUCUGGGCUCUGGCCGAGACUCUGCGCCUGGCAGACCAGGGGCUGCCCGGGGGCGGUGCCCGGGAGCGCCUCCUGCCGCCGCAGUGCGCCCCCUGCCUGCCUGGGCCCCCAAGCCCCGCCAGCGACGCCGAAUCCUGGGGCUCCGGAGCCGCCGCCUCCCCCUGCGCCGCCACCGCCUCGCCACUCUCUGACCCCAGUAGCCCCGCUGCCUCCGAAGACUUCGCCUAUGGCCCCGGCGACCCCCUUUUCUCCUUCCCCGGCCUGCCCAAAGACUUGCUCCACACAGCGCCCUGCUACAUCCCUUACCACUAG